UCCGUCUGGGAGUGAAGCACUUUCCGACGCUGAUCCCGAUCGCGGCUUUUGGUUUGUUUGUUUGUUUGUUUGUUUUGGCUGCUUGGGGCGGCGAAAACCCUGGAGCCGGCCCUGGAUGGGACGAAGGUCCCGGUGUCACUGUGUCGUUGGAUUUACUCGAGGGCCUACCUAGGUCACAGCCCGUCUCCGCAUUGAUGGCGAGGAGGGUUGCGGCUGGUCAGAAAGGCGUCGGGGGUUGGCACCCACAGGCCGUACUCUGCCCGCACUGCCCCGAAGUGGAGUGAGGCGUCUUUUGGGUGCCCAACUCCACUGCAAGAAAAACUGGGCUCCGCACGGGUUUUCGCCCCGGCAGGGGCAGCCUCUGCCCAACAACGUGCUUGGUGCUGAGAUGAGCAGGAAAUACUGUGUCUUUCAAGCCCUGUCGUCUUGUCUAUGUCAGCAAUAACUAAUCCAGUUAGACUGCAGGUUCCCCUGCCAGGAGCCGUGGCAACAGUUAAAAAGAAGAGACUAACAUGGUUGAAAACUCUCCAGCCCCAUUGCCUGAAAGAGCAAUAUAUGGGUUUGUUCUUUUCUUAGGCUCCCAGUUUGGCUUUAUGUUAUACCUUGUAUGGGCGUAUGUUCCUGAAUCUUGGUUAUUCUCAUUGGGACUAACAUACUGGCCUCAAAAGUACUGGGCAGUUGCUUUGCCUGUAUACCUUCUGGUUACUUUAGGAAUUGGCUAUAUACUACUCUUUGGUAUUAACAUGAUGAGUACUGCUCCACUUAACUCCAUGCACACCAUUACAGAUAACUUUGCAAAAAAUCAGCAGCAGAAGAAAUCUCAAGAAGAAGCAAUCCCUGCAUUGAGGGAUAUUCCCAUUAGUGAAGUAAACCAAAUGUUUUUCCUUGCUGACAAAGGCAUUUGUAACAGAAAUUAAUUGGAACCAGACCCUGUUAGAAUAAGACACUACAGUACUUCAAUAAUUUUUUAGAAACCCAUUGUAAGAAAAGUCAAAGGCUUGUCAGUGCUAAGAAAUCUAACUCUUUCAACAACUGGAAUAGAUGAAUUUGUAUCUAAAUUAAGCUGUGGUCAACACUGGUUCACCCUGUGUGGCAUAGAGUACUGAACCGGGACUCAGAAGAUAUGGGUUCUAUUCCCAGCUCUGCUACUAGCCUGCUGGGUGACCUUGAGCAAGUCACUUCACCACUCUGCUUUGAUUUCCCCAUCUGUACUAUGCAUAUGAUACUGACCUUUAUAAAGUGCGUUGAGAUCUACUGAUAAGUGUUAAUUAAGAGCUAUGUAUUAUUAUUUAUUAUUAAACAAAUUGAUGAUUGUUGAAAUGGUUUUAUUUCUUAAUGUAGAGAGACCUACAGUAUUAAAUAACAAAAUACUUCAUUCUGGGAACUGAAUUCUUCCAUAUAAAUUUGUUUAGCUAUGCUCUGGAUCUGAAGUAAUCUGUUCAGUUACUCCUAGAUUUUUUUUUUCUUGCACAUUGAGGGUGGGAUAUUUCAAAGCAUUUAAUGUUUGGCUUAAUUCUACUCUCAUUGACUUCAGUGGGAGCAGAGUUAGGCCAACACUGAGUGCUCUUAAAUAUCCCACCCUUUUUUUGACCAGUCAUAGUAAAUUAAAGUGUAUGCAUUGUAACUGUACAGUAAUAUUAAUAAAAUGUUUUAAUUGUCUAAAA